UUAAUAAUCGCCCGGGUAUCUGUGGCCGGGGCUCCGGGCAGCCGCGGGGGAGCCCGGAGACCGCGCGGGGCAGCGGAGGAGGCGCGGCGGCUGUGGCCCAGGGCACCUCCCCCUCGGCUUCCCGAACCCUGCCCCGCCAGACCCGAGGGGGAGGAUGGAAACACCAGCCGCGCUCUGAGCCCCUCAGGAAGAUAACACCUUUCCCGCCACACCGCCCUGCGGUCCACGAGUGCAUCUGCCAGACCAAGCCGAGCGGAAAAGCUAGCAAUGGCGGAGAACCUGAAGAAACUGGUCUCCAACGAAUCUUUAAGAUCGAUGCAGGACAAGCUAGAGUGCUGGCUGAGGGAGUACAACACAAACUCGUGCGAUCAGAAUCUAAAUCAUUGCCUCGAACUCAUUGAACAAGUUGCCAAAGUGCAGGGACAACUCUUCAGGGUCCUUACUACAACAGCCCAAGAAGGAGGACAUUAUGACGGUGUGGAAACAAUCAAAUCGCGCCUUUUGCCUUGGCUGGAGGCCUCCUUUACUGCCGCUUCCCUGGGAAAACCUGUCGACAGCAAGGUCCCCUCUCUACAGGACACAUUUGAUAAGGACAGAUAUAAAGAGACUGGUGCUCGGGAUAGGGACAUACAACAAUUAGAUGCUGAUUUGAACGCAACUCGUGAUCAACUCAACCAGGUUCAAGACGAUAUGGCUGAAACUGAAAAGACUCUUGAAGAAACCAAGAACAGAUCGGCCAUAUCCCUUUUGGCUGCAGAGGAGGAACUAAAUCAGCUAAGAAAGCAGCUUAAAUCUCUUCAAGCCCUGGAGGAAUCUCGCCACAGACACUCAGAGCGUAGGAGCUCAGAGAAGCGGGGCUCGGAGCAGAUGGGCGCGGACAGGCGCAGCGUAGACCAGCGGAACGCAGAAGCGAUAUGCGAUUAUGAGAAACAGCUUCGAACGCUGAAGGACGAGAUAGCUGUUCUGUCUGCUGAACAAUCUGUACUCCAAGGAAGGUCCGCCAGGAGCCGGUCUCCUAGCCCUGGCCCUCGCAGCCGCAGCCACAGCCACAGCCGAAGCCACAGCCGCAGCCGCAGCCGCAGCCGCAGCCGGUCCACCAGCCCCUCCACCGCGGUGGCGAAGGUCAGGAGUCCGUCCCCGAGUCGCGCCAAACUGUCCAGCGUGGCGCGCAAGGCCGCCCUGCUAUCCCGGUUCAGCGACGCGUAUUCCCAGGCCCGCCUGGAUGCGCAGUGCCUGCUGAGGCGCUGCAUCGACAAAGCUGAGACGGUGCAGCGGAUCAUCUACAUCGCGACGGUGGAGGCGUUCCAUGUAGCUAAAAUGGCGUUCAGACACUUCAAGAUUCGUGUGAGGAAAUCACUGACACCGUCUUAUGCAGGGUCAAAUGACUUUGAGGAUGCUGUCUCGGAUUAUAUCAUUUGUCAUCUUGAUCUAUAUGAUUCCCAAAGCAGUGUUAAUGAUGUGAUCCGAGCCAUGAAUGUCAAUCCCAAGAUUUCAUUCCCUCCUGAAGUUGACUUUUGCCUCCUCAGUGACUUCAUCCAGGAGAUAUGUUGCAUUGCUUUUGCAAUGCAGACUUUAGAUCCACCCCUAGAUAUUGCAUUUGGGGCCGAUGGAGAAAUUUUUAAUGAUUGCAAGUACCGUCGAAGCUAUGACUCUGAUUUCACAGCUCCUUUGGUCUUCUAUCAUGUGUGGCCUGCUCUCAUGGAGAAUGACUGUGUCAUUAUGAAGGGAGAAGCUGUCACCAGAAGAGGGGCUUUUUGGAAUUCAGUGCGAUCUGUAAAUCGAUGUCGAAGCAGGAGUUUAAGUCCCAUCUGCCCUCGUAGCCGUAUUGGUUUAAGUAUGAUAUCUCGAAGCCGGAGUCCUUCUCCAAUAAGAUAUGGAUUGCCAAGGUUUUAAAACCACCAGCCAUGUUCCUCUGCCCAGGACAUCUGCAACAGCCAACAUCCCCAGUGCCUCCAUCUGGUUGCUGUGUCUGCCUCAGACCUCACUUAAGAUAAUGUGAAAAGGCAAUUCUGUGUAUUACUUCACACAGAGAGUUAAAUGUUUUGGCUUAGCGCAUUUGGAACUUCAGAUAUAUUGCAUUUUAUUUUAUUUUGUAGAUACAGAUUCCAUUAAUUUGAUAAAAACGAUUGCCUAGGUGUUUAGGAUCAUAUUCAUUCGAAGCAAAGUCCAUUACACAGGCUCAGGAUUCUCAUCCUGAGAUAUGAGGCUCUUUUAUAGCAACUACAUGCACUAAAGUGGAAAAUCUUUACCGUGCUGAGUCUGAAACAUACGAGGAGUCAUUUCAGUUUACAGACUGAUCAUAAAUAUUAUAGUUGCUGGUUUUAGCUUUAACUGGAAAACAAUCUGGGGUGUUUUAAUUUUCUCUGGGGCUUUGGAAGACAGCCGUAGUCUCAGGUUGGGGAACUUAUAGCAUAGCAGUCACUUCAGACUAAAUGUAGUUGAUGAUGACUUAGGAGAAUACAGUUCAUUGGCUUGCUUCUCUUUUCCUACUGUGAAGUGCUUAGUUUGAUUGAGUUGAGCACUGUUUGUUGAAGCUACUUACUUGAGAGAAUUCUCUUGCUUCAUAAAUGCAAAGCAGUGAUUUGGAUAGAAGCCAGUUUGGAGAUAAAUGUUAAUUACCUUGUGUUUAUCUCCUGGGAAUAUUUUAGGCAUUUUAAUGUCCAUGUUAAAUAUAAAAGCUACCUGGGACACACCCUUUACCUGUUCCACCUGGUUGUUUACAAAUUCAGACCCCUUGAGAACUAUGUCGAUCUGACUAAAAACACUUAAGCUCAAGGCUAAAAGCUAAGGGCACCAUUUGUGGAUUUUAAAUUGAAAUCCCUUGAUUUCUUCACUGUGAAGUACUGCUGAAAAAGUUCAAGUUCAAGAUCAUAAUGGAAUGUUGCUUUCUCAAGAUAAGUAAUGUUCUUUCUGCUUUUUUUUUGCUUUUCACUUUAACGCCUGUUUUAAACACAAUCUUUGCAAAUGUCAGCUUUUGCUGUGUGCCUUUUAGAGAGAAGCUCUGAACUGGUCACAGCUCAGUUUGCAUAAGCUCAGCACCAGAACCAGCACCUGGGGGUUUUUAGGUGAAAACAAACAAACAAAAACCCCCACAAAAAACCAAAAAAAUCUUCUCUAAAGCAUCUUGUCCCUUGUUCUGGGACACAGGGAUGGGGAGAGACCUCUCAAGUCUCCACCCCUUGGAUCUAAUGGUCACCAACUCAUUCUGAAGCAUGAGCUUAUUUGUUCUCCCUUUGCAGUGAUGUAGUCAUCACUUUGAGGCAGGGCUGUGUGCUGGAAGGAGAACUUAUUAUCCAGGUAACUCCAGUUCUGACUUGGUCAUCAGCUUGCUUGGUGGCCUUAAGCAAGUUACUGUACCUCUCUGAGCCUCAGUUUCACUGCACAGUGACCAGGGUGGAUGGGAUCAGUAGUUCUCUCAACCCUCCCAGACUCAAUGCCCUCUUUCAUAACAAAUAUUUUAUUUUGGCUAUUCUGAAAUGAUGUUCAAGGUUAAUAUGAUUUAUAGGCAUAUAUACUUUAAAGCAAUGAAUGUAGUACUCGAACUUUAAUAUAAAUUAGAAAAAAGGAAAGCAGUUUUUAAUAAGAUAGAAUGUAUUUCAACAAAAAAACUUGGGUAUGACUAGCCUAAAAGAUAAAGUCAUCAGAUGCUUACACCUGUAUGUAGAAUUACCAGCUACAAAUGCAGACCAUGUGCGUGAUACUAGCAACAUCAGAAAUACUGAUGCCAUGGCUUUUCUGAAUGGUGAGCAACUCUUGGUAAAGUUUUGAACAAAAACUUACAGCUGUGCCUUCAUUUACAUAGUAAAUGCAUUCCUGGAAAAGCUGGUGUAUAUUAAAACCAUAGAAUGUGUUAUAUGUUAAAAAGUCUUUUCUAAAGUGUGACUAAAUAAUGAGAAGGCCCACAUAUCAGAAUUUUUUUUUUAGGAGUGAAAUAUAGGAAUGCAUUUGAUUGGGGAAAAGGUCACAUGUACUCUGUUUAUUUGCUUUGUACCCUGUCUGGCCACUUGCCAUUUCUCAAGUCUCUGAUUUGAACUGUAACCACACAGGACAUGGCAAUUAGUCUAGAAUAAUUUUUGGAAAGGAUCCACAAAACCAAAAGAGGCUGACCUAUGCUUAUUUCAUCAGCAUGUGCCCCUUAACCUUGGUGACUUUGAAAAAUGAUAAACUCUUUCUUUGUAACCUGGAUAAAUGUUAGUUUUUGUAUUUUCAGUUUAACAUCUAAUAAUAAAAUCAAGAAA